UUAUACCAGCAGUGUAGGCGGACCUACGUUUGUAAACUCACGUUGCACGCAAGGCAAUGCAAUGUCAACAGCAACCGAAAUGCAAGGUUAGUUUCAAUAGUUAGUUAUCAUUUCACACGCGGGUCUCCACAAAAGGAGAAGGUUGAUCAAAACUGUUCUUUGGGUUUAGAUUUUCCUUUAUUUAAUCCAUAGCUCUGUUCUGCUCAGUCACUGCCUGCAUCAGGCCAGUAGGGAUGGACAUCACAAAACACUGAAAUCAAACUGGACUGACACUCAAGAUCCAACAUGGGAAACAAACGCAAAACAUCUAGUGAGAUCGAUAAUUCAGAUGCCAGCUCAGGAUAUUUUAGCGCAUUGGACCAGACAGAUUAUGAAGAUGUGGGUCCAACAACUGCUGCACCACAGAGCAUGCAGACAGCUUCACAGGUGCCUUUCAUUCCUGGUUCGCAUUCAAGCAUCUCUCCCAUGAUCAUAAUGAACAACCUUGUACUAAAGCAGCCUAAUUUGGUGGCCCCUGCAUUAAAACCGUGGAGCUUAAAGCCUUCAUUGGAUGUGGUUCCUCAGUCCCAGCUGCUUCUCCUCCAGCCGGUCAUGCCCAGUGGUAACUGCAACACCCAAAACUCGGACAAUCAGAAAAAUCCCUGGACGUAUGCUCCCAUGCAAAACACCUUACCAAAAACUGCCCCAUACCCUUCACAUGGGUCUACUGCUUACCUUGGUCCCAAUGCCGCCAGCAAGAAGUCAAAUCAUAGUGAAAGGCUUCAGCAUCAUCGGCAUGACGACAGACCUUUUCACGGCUUGAAGCAGGAUGAGACAUUUAAAAGUUAUGACGAACAUCACAGUGAUGUUUCCUGGGGAGAAUUCAGUCACUCUGCCACAGACAUUGAUGUGGAUGACUCCAGGUCCAGGUUUUCUGACUCUGAGGAGCCCCAUACCACAAGUACACCCUUGUUCCUUUGCUCUGACUCGGUCCUCGGUUCAUACCCUCAAAAGUGUUCCAAAGCAACUUUUAACCAGACUGAUGAUGAGGAAAAUAUCUCAGAGGCGCUCUCUCCAGGUACCAGCAAACGCAAGCGCUUCUGCAACACGUACAAUAUUCUGAAUAGGUCAGGUUUGCUGGGCAUUACAUUGCGUACCAAGGAGCUUAUACGGCAAAACAAACGAUCCCAGGCCCAGCUUCGGAGUCUUCAGGCUCAGACAGAUCUAUUCUUGGAGGCCAUAGGUACUGGAGACCCAAAGGUCUGGACCAAAUUGCAGCUUAACUUCCAGAAUCUUGGAGGCCGUGAGGAAACUGCUGUGGACUUUGUAAGGGAUGUAGAGUCUGACAUUAAAGUUUCUGGUUUAAUGAUGUAGUGUACACAAUUGUGUAGACCAGGAUAUGUAAAAUGUUUUUUUUCCUGGGCCCAUUUGUAAAAAAUAAUACAUUACAUGUAAUUAUAGGGAUAUUAUUUUCAGUGUUGGGUGUAACUAGUUACUAAGUAAUUAGUUACUGUAAUUUAUACUUCAGAUGUAAUUGAACUAAAUACUAUGUAUAGAACAAUUAUAUAUAUAUAAUACGAUAGCGGAUUUUAAGAUAACAUUUUAAGUCUUGCGUAAAGGCGGGGUGCUUGAUUUUUGAAAAAACUUUGGGAAAGGGAGACGAGCCGAGUACCACACUUGUAGCCAAUCAGCAGAAAUGUGCAUGUCUACUAACCAACAUCGUUGCCAGGGUUGCAAAUGUGUGGGGCGGGUCUACCAAAAGAAGGUCCAGAUUAUAUUGGGGUAGGGGCGUGCUUGUUUAGGUGAUUUCAAAUGCCAACAUUGGGUUUCAGAGAUCAUGCACCCCGCCUUAAAGAUGCAUGUUUUCUAUGUAUCCUUCUCACUUUAAAUACUUUGAAGGGUUAUAAUGGUAACAGACUAGUUUAGUUUCCAAUUAUUAGUAAUUUGACAUUAAUAUUACUGGGAUUUUGGCUGUUUAUUACUUAAAAAACACAUGCCUUAUUCUACAUUCUUAAUCCUACCCAAUUCCUACCAAUACUUUACUAAGUACUAAUAAUAGUAGUUAGAAGUAUUGAGGCAAAAGUAGUUCAAAGUGAUAAUUGGACCCAUGUGACCAGAUUAAUUUAUGUCUAGUUUUAUAUUAUUUAUUUGAAAGUAACUAAAUGAUUUGUUUUAUGCCUGUCCUUGUAUCAUUUAUUAAAUAGGAAGUAAUUUUUGAUAAGUAAUUAAAUACUAGUAGCCUAAUUAAUCACUUUUUUACCCAACACUGGUUAUUUUUUUUGAAAUGGCUAGAUUUGUUCAAAAGGUAUUUGAGUCACUUUUCUACUUAAAAUGUUACUUUGAAGAUGUUAGUUUUUAACUUUAAAGUAGUUAAAGGUACAAUACAGCUUCAUCUGACCAAUGACACUGACCAUAUCGAACAAAUCAUAAGGGUCUGUGUGGUUAUUAAUGUUUGUUUUAACCAUAAUUUGUAAGAGAAUCAUACUUGCAUGCAAAACUAUUAGGGAAGCUUUUUACCAGAGUUAAAAAUGUGAUAGUCGAGAUUAUGUUUAAUGUACGUUUGAAAAUGCUUAUGAAUUUGUACGAAACAUUAUUUGUAUGUAAUGAGCCAAGUUAUUUACUGUCAUUUUGUUCUAAAAUAUAUCUGGUCUCUAACACUAAAUGUAUACUGUUACUAUAUGGGCAAUGGAUUUUUAAUGGUAAAUUGUAUUCUCGUGAUGUUUUAUGUAAGUCUGUAAGUCAGGGCAUAUUUGAGGUACAGUAGCACUUUUGCGAUUAUUAUUUGACUUGCCUUGUAUCACGCUAAGUUAGUUUACAAUUUUUUUAACAGAUUGUGACUCACCUUCAGUUUGGGUUGUAUGAGCAGAGCAAUGUUUUUACAAUUUUUUUUAACAGCAGUCUGCAUGCAUUUAGACUAUGACAGAGAUACUAUGAGGCUUGUCAAUGCACAGCAGUAUAUCAGAGGUUCAGAGUACAGGUGUACUGUAAUCUGGAAUGUGUUUGUAUAUGCUUGCAACAAAAAGAAAUGCAUUGUAUUUAUUAGAUCGUAAGGAUAAUUAAUGGAAUUUCCACAGCAAAAAUAUGCAAUAGCCUUGUUUAUCAUUAGUGACACGCUGUUUUGUAUUAUUUUGGUAUUCAUUUGACUUUUUAUGUGCCUUCAAAAAUAAAGGCAUUUUUCA